AUGAUUAGCGCAUUCUUUAUUUACAAUCAAAAGGGAGAGGUCUUAAUUUCUCGACUGUAUCGACAUGACUUAAAACGUUCAGUAGCUGACAUUUUUCGAAUACAAGUAAUUUCAAACACAGAUGUUCGCUCACCAAUAAUAACACUUGGCUCCACCUCAUUUUUUCAUGUUCGACACGAGAACUUGUUUGUGGUCGCUGUGACAAAAUGUAAUGCCAAUGCAGCGUUAGUCUUUGAGUUUUGCUAUCGGCUUGUGAAUAUUGGAAAAAGUUAUUUUGGAAAAUUUGAUGAGGAGUCGGUAAAGAAUAAUUUUGUGCUCAUUUAUGAGUUGUUGGAUGAGGUGUUGGAUUUUGGAUACCCACAAAAUAGUGAGGCAGAAACUCUAAAAAUGUACAUAACCACAGAAGGCGUCAAAACGGAACGCGCUUUAGCGGAGGCUUCCUCACAAAUCACAGCUCAAACAACAAGUGCAACUAGUUGGCGUAGAACUGGCAUAAAGUAUCGGAAGAACGAAGCAUUUAUAGAUGUUAUCGAGUCUGUUAAUUUGUUGAUGAGCACAAAAGGAACCGUAUUACGUUCUGAUGUUGCUGGCCAAAUUAUGAUGCGGGCAUACUUGUCUGGAACACCGGAAUGUAAGUUUGGUCUUAAUGAUAAAUUGUUGUUAGAAAAGGAUGGCAUCCAGAAGUUAACUACUACACUUAGGAAACCAAACGCUGUAGAAAUAGACGACUGCCAAUUUCACCAAUGCGUAAAACUAGGAAAAUUUGGAUCAGAUAGAAUAAUAAGCUUUAUCCCACCUGAUGGGGAAUUUGAAUUAAUGCGAUAUCGUACCACCGAAAAUGUGAACCUCCCAUUCCGGGUUCACCCUGUCGUCAACGAAGUUGGGAAAUCGCGAGUUGAAUACCGGAUCACAGUAAAAGCACAAUUCUCACCAAAGUUGUACGCGAAUAAUGUUAUUGUUCGAAUUCCAACUCCUUUGAAUACGGCAAAUAUUAAUCUUCGCGUUGCGACUGGUAAGGCAAAAUAUGUGCCUGAUGAGAAUCUGGUUAUUUGGAAAAUACCACGAUUUCAAGGUCAAGGAGAAUUCACAUUACAAGGCGAAGCUGAACUCUCAUCCAUGACCGUAAAAAAAGCGUGGUCUCGACCGCCGAUCUCGAUGGAAUUCCAAGUAUUGAUGUUCACCUCGUCGGGACUGCUCGUUCGGUUCUUGAAAGUGUUUGAAAAAAGUAAUUAUCAGAGUGUAAAAUGGUUGGAGCGUGAUCAUUAUUAA